AUGGCUCCUGGAAAUGGCUCUUUUAUAAAUGAAUUCAUUCUAAUGGGGUUAACAGAUCGGCCAGAUCUCCAACUCCCACUGUUCUUCCUGUUUCUAGUAAUGUAUGUGGUCACUGUGUUUGAAAAUUUGGGCUUAAUAACUCUAAUUGAGUUAAGUUCACAUCUUCACACUCCCAUGUACUUUUUUCUCUUUAACUUGUCCUUUGUUGACCUUCAUUAUUCUUCUGUAUUUACACCAAAAAUGCUCAUGAACUUUGUAUCAAAGAAGAAUGUUAUCUCAUACAGAGGGUGUAUGACCCAGCUCUACUUUUACUGUUUUUUUAUCAUUUCUGAAUGCUAUGUGUUAACAGCCAUGGCUUAUGAUUGCUAUGUGGCCAUCUGUAAUCCACUUCGGUAUAACACUGUCAUGUCCCCUAGAGUGUGUUGUAGCCUUAUGCUUGGCUCAUACCUGAUGACAUUUUCUGGGGCCAUGGCCCACACGGGUUGCAUGCUGAGACUGACCUUCUGCGACGCAAACACCAUCAACCACUAUUUCUGUGACAUUCUUCCUUUGCUUCAGCUCUCCUGCAGUAGCAUUCAUGUCAAUGAGCUGGUGGUUUUCAUUGUAGGGGGCAUCAACAUCAUUGUACCCAGCGUCACCAUCUUUUUGUCUUAUGUGUUCAUUGUCUCUAGUAUAUUUAAAAUAAGCUCCAUUGAAGGUAAAUCUAAAGCUUUCAGCACCUGCAGCUCCCAUAUAAUUGGA